AUGGCAUCGUUGACGAAGGUGAGCCGUGCCGCCGAGCUGUGUUCCAUGGAGGCUGCUGCGGCGCUACCGCCGGAGCAAACCAUGCGUCUCUUGCACUCACUCAUUGGCGAGUCGGAUGAGCAAGAAUUGGUCAUCGCUGCCAUCAAGGUCAUGUCUCGACUUGUGGAGGUGCAUCCAAAAAGGAUAAUUGUGGAACUUCUGCCUCAGAUGAUGCCGGUAUUGUUGAAGGCGUACGACCACAACGAAAGUUCUGUUCGGAAGGCGGCAGUGUUUUGUAUGGUGACGCUGCAUGGCGUAGUUGGCUCUGAUUUGAUGAAGCCACACUUGGCUUCCCUUACGGGAUGCAAGGUAUGUGACUAG